CGAAGGAAUCGAUUGUCGGAGAUGAAAAUGUGAGAAUCGAUAAUUGUUUCAAAAUGGAGGAUUCUGUUAAAAAUCGAUUUAGAAUCGACUAUUCCUAACCUAUAAAUUUGCAUGUUGUUAUCAAUGGUUAUCGGUUUGUAUAUGCAGUGUGUAAACAUGUAAAAUAAAGAGAUUAAAAAAUACUUAAAAAAGCAAAUUUGCAGUGUUUCUAACAGUAUAUAAUAAGUUAACGACACUUAAUCUAUUUCUAUCUAAUAAUAAUAAAAGUGGAAAACAGUAUUGACAAACAUAAUUUUGCUAACGAAGAAUAUAUACAAUUACAAAAAUGGCAUUAGCUAGAGAAAGGCGUACAAAUGCUGGAAAUAAAAUGGCAAAGCUGUUGAACGAGGAGGAGGAGGAUGAUUUCUAUAAAACUACUUAUGGUGGCUUCGAUGAAGCAGAACAAGACCUUGAUUACAUGGAAGAGGAUGAAGGAGAAGAUGAAGUUGAUUCGGAUUUUAGUAUAGAUGAAAAUGAUGAGCCUAUUUCAGACACUGAACAAGAAGGACCUAAGAAGAAACGUAGAUUGGUAACAAAAGCUUACAAAGAACCUAAAGUUCAGUCUCAGGUACCACAAAAGGAAAAGAAAGUUAGACAGCCAAAGCAUAGCAGAAGUUUUGUAGAAAGUACAGAAAGGAAAUCAAUACGUCGCUCUACUGCUGCAAAGUCCGCUGCAACACAAAGGAGAUUGAGAGAAAGGAACGAAGAUCAAAAGAGGAAAACAAGAGUUAUAAAGCAUGAUACAUGGAAACCAACUCAGGAAGAAUUAUUGGAGGAAGCCCUGCAAACUGAACAAAUCAAUAUGAAAUCAUUGGAAAAGUAUCAAAAGUUAGAAAAUGAAAAAAAGAACACCAGAACAGUAAGGAAAGCUCACAGUGGACCUAUAAUUAGGUAUCAGUCAUUAGCAAUGCCUGUUAUUGUACUCUCUGAAGUGCAGGUAGACAAAGACGACAAAAUUAGCAUAGAAGAUGAAGAAGAGAAGAAUUUGAAUGGAAGUUCUGAAAACAAGGAAGAAACGACAGGAGAUAGCAAUGUUGUUAUAAAAUCAGAGGAUGAUACAAACGAUGGUACAAGAAAAGAGCUUAAUUCUUCUCCUACAUCUUGCGUUUUAAACAAAAACAAGUAUCGUUGUGAUGAGACAAAAGGAUUCUAUGAGAGAACCUUUAUAACUUUUGAAAAUGAACAACUGUUUUCUGAAGCUUUCAAGAAGUCUGCAACUAAGAGACCAUCAAUGAAAGCUUUAUGUGCAAUUACAAGGCUCCCAGCAAAAUAUCUGGAUCCCAUGACUCAGCUACCAUACAAAAACGUCCAAACGUUUAGAUUAUUGCGCGAAGCAUAUUAUCAACAAUUAGAGGCCAGAACGGAUGUUAACGAUACAUCGCAAAGUCCAGAAUUAUUAAGAUGGCUUGAGUGGAGGCAAAAGAACCAUGGCGGUGGCCAGAGGAACACUAUACGCCUUGAACCCGCUUCUGCGCCCAUGACUUCUUAGGAGCAUUACCAAAUAAUGAGAUUUGCCAUUUCAAACAUUCUCUCCGUUUCGCUAAAAAAAAAAGUCUUCCGUGUACUGUACAUAUUAUUUUUUUUUAGCCUAGAACAAAUAAUAUAAGAGUAAUUGUAAUUAGUUAGUAAUUAAUCAUACAAUAAUUUAGAUAUGCAACAAAUCUGUAAAUAAUUAUAUAAUUUAUUAAUAAGUACUACGUCGAAUGAUUGUGUUUUAUGAGAUUAAAAUAAUUAAUAUUGAUAACGAAUGAAUGAGAUAAAGUACUUUCCUCGGAAUAGGAAAACAAAAAGUACCUUUUGAAGCACCGUUGACUACCUAAAAAUUUAUUGGUUCAUUAUACGUGUACAUGUGUUCAAAGCAAAAGUGAUUUUAUUAAUAAAAUUAUAAAGUA